UACAAUAAGGUUCCAUUGGUAUGUAGACAGACUGUUGUCACAAAACCACCUCCGUUAUUACACUAUAAUAGUGCAGGAGGUGUUCGCCAAGCUUCUCUGUAUGUCUCACAUACCUGUUCAACAGCAGACUCCUCUACCCUCUCUCCAGUCCCACUGCUUACGAUACCAUGAAUUAGGAUCUACAGGUUAAAUCUGCAAUAUAUUACUUUUUGUGUGACCUGACUAUUCACAAUUUUAGGAACCAGGAAAUGGCGACGUGAUUUCUCUGUAGUGUAUCUUUUAACUAACCUUCUCCCUCCCCCUCUAGUCACCAUGACCGACAGGAAGGCUGUCAUAAAGAAUGCCGACAUGUCAGAGGACAUGCAGCAGGAUGCUGUGGACUGUGCCACUCAGGCCAUGGAGAAAUACAACAUUGAGAAGGACAUCGCUGCUUACAUCAAGAAGGAGUUUGACAAGAAGUACAACCCCACGUGGCAUUGCAUUGUGGGUAGAAACUUUGGCAGCUACGUGACGCAUGAAACCAAACACUUCAUCUACUUCUACCUGGGCCAGGUGGCCAUCCUGCUCUUCAAGUCUGGUUGAACCCCUACACCUUGACCACGACUCCCUAACCACCUGACGUCUACCUGGGUCAUCCUCCAGCUCUCUCCUCCCGUCUCCACUGACCGAGGCAGGCAGCUACUCCUCCCCUGGCUUGUGAUACAUUGAUGGUUGUGGCCACACACACAUUGAAGAGUUCUAGAUGAUUCUCCAUUGUGUCUGUGCGGUGCUGCAUGGGCCAUGAUGGGAUACACCCUGUCCCUAUACACUAUUCCUUAUGUAGUGCACUACUUUUGACCAGGGCCCAUAGGGAAUGGGGGGGGGGGGCAUUUGGGACACAACUGAUGACUACAUGUGUAUAUUUUGCAGUAUGAGAAACAUGCUACUCACAGAGUUGCUGAAAGCCUACAAAGUAGAGAUUUUUUUUUUUGCACUGCUGUAUAAAAUGCUUUGACUGUUGGUUCAUAAAGAUUUGUUCA